AUGCACUGGGAGUGGAAGAAUUGUCCUGCAGCGUGGAGAGGCCAAUUCACCAGUGGGUAUAAGGGUACCCACCCGACGAUGAUCCUUGAAGUAAUCGUUGACCACAGUCUUUGGAUUUGGCAUGCUCACUUUGGCGUGACGGGGUCCAACAACGACAUCAAUGUGUUGAACUCGUCCAGUCUCUUCACCGAGCAAUGCAAUGGCAACGGUCCGGUUAUCAGCUUCACUGCCAACAGACGACAUCAUCAUAUGGGGUACUACUUAGCCGACGACAUUUACCCGAGAUGGCCAGUUUUCUUGAAGACGAUCUCCUGCCCAACGGGUGCGAGGAGAGAGUUUUUUGCGGCAAAGCAGGAGGCUUCACGGAAGGACGUGGAGCGAGGAUUCGGUCGUGCAGCUAGCCAGUGGUCCGACGAUGAAGCCGCUCCGAGCGCAGGUUAUGCAGCCCCGCCGGUCAUUCGAGGUUUACCCUAUGGACUCAGCGAGAGAUUACAAGCUCAGGAGAGCAUGUGCAACCAACAAGCUCAUCUUGAUCUCAUGAACGACAUGAUUGAAGAAGUUUGGACACGUAGUGGUCGUUGA